AUGACGGAGGGAGGGUUUGUUGCAAGAGUUAUUGAUGAAGAGGAAAUUAUUCUGGUUGAGGUACAAAAUGGAGGUGAGCGAGUCAUUACUACUGUCUCGUGGCCUAUUCAAUUUAAUAAUCCAAAUGCUCUGAAAAUAGAUCGAAACGAGCCUUUAAUAAUUACUGAUUAUUUGAAUAAUGGACAAGCUGAUUUGGCCAGAGAAUUGAGCAGAGUUGAACCAUUUCUUGGAAAUAUUGAAAGUUUCGCUGGUUUUUUCAGAAUUAGAUUAAUGCAACAAUUUUAUCAGUUAUUUCCUGAACUGAUUCCUAACCAAUUGUAUAUAACUGGAGAAUCUUAUGCUGGAAAAUAUGUCCCAAUUAUGGUUUAUUCCAUCGAUCAAUUUAAUAAAAACAAUCCUACUCCAAUAAAUCUGAUUGGAAUGGCAAUCGGGGACGGACAAUUAGAUGUCAUUAUACCAUAUCCAGCGACUAGUGAAUUUCUGAGGCAGCUUGAGUGGAAUGGAAAAAAGGAUUUUGCGACCGCUUCUCAACAAAUUUGGUAUUCAACAGACGGUCCUAAACGAGUAAAUGGAUACUACAAAUCAGCUGGGAAUGUCAUGCAGCUGAUUGUCAGAGAUGUCGGACAUAUGGUUCCAAUGGAUAAUCCUGAGGCUGCUAUCGAAAUGCUCAGAUUAUUCAUUUAUGGAUUCUAA